GUAAUAUACAAAAUAUACAAUCAAUCUUGUAAUAUAUACAUAUCAAUAAUAAUACAUCAAUUUAUCUUACAUGGUAUCAGAGCUAUAGGUUAAACUCUUGGUGUUCUUCAUCUUCCGGCGGGCGGCAAACUUGCCUUGAUCGCCCGCCGGACCUCAAGCCCAUGCACCAUCAUCUUGCUUCAGCACACCAACAUUACUGGCUACUCCGUGAUCUCCGGCUUAGCCAUGGGCAUGGAACUCAUCUGUUGGGUUUCUGAGUUUGAUUUUUGGGUUCUCUCAAUGCCAAGAUUUGUGCUGCUUCCACCAUGGGUAUGGGGGCUGCAUACACACACACCCUCCAUACACUGUCACCCACUUCUCUUUCUCUCUCUUUAAACCGAGAGACCAAACCAACCUCUCUCUCGGGCUCCCUCUCCCUCAGCUAUCUUGCAGCACCACACCACACACUGCCAUACUCACAAGCAAAGAGAAAAGAUACACAACACUGAUCUGGCUCUCUCGGCACCUGGUCUCCCUCUCUCGGCAGUUUUUGGUUCUCCAGGCACACACAUACACAGAAAGAGACCUCCGAUUCGAGUCCAUUCGGUAAAGGCCGGUACAAAUUCUGGGCACUAUCCGCCAUCUUGCUUCUGGCUUUCUGGUCCAUGCUCACCAGCACUGUCUCCCUCCGGUGGUCCGCCGGCAAUCUCAACCGCUUCUCCGAUGACUUCGACAUUCCCAUCCACGACGAUCUCGACGUUCUCGAAAUGGAGGAGAGAGAGAAGGUUGUUAAGCACAUGUGGGAUGUGUAUACAAACAGCCGAAGGAUCAGAUUGCCUCGAUUUUGGCAGGAAGCGUUCGAGGCUGCCUACGAGGACUUGAUGAGCGAUGCCCCUGGCGUUCGAGAGGCUGCGAUCUCCGACAUCGCUAAGAUGUCUUUGCGGUCCAUUGAUUUUGAGCUAUCUCUGCUCCAAUCAUUGCGCACAUACACCAUAUCCAGCACAUCACACAUAGCUACAAAGGGACUUGGCAUCAAUCUCUCUCAAGGGCUUCUUGGAGACAGAUGAUACACACAUACGGGUUGCUCUCUCUCUCUCAACAGAGACACACACUCUC